CAUUAAAUUCCAACCACCUCCACACGCUCUUUUCUUUAUCCCCACUUCCUCGUCUUCUUCUUUUAACAAUUCCGCCUUAGCUUGUUAUAUUCUUGCUUAAAUUAUCCUCUCUUUUUUUUUUUUUCUAUUGAUCAAACUGGUAAACAUGGCUUUCAGUUCUACUCUUAUUUUCGCGGUGUUUGCAAUCUUCAUCACCAUCUUACAACCCCCUCUUAUUAAUACUGAACCGGAUUUCUUGGCACCGAUUAUUGGUAGUUUAUGUAAUCGAGUGGGAUGUGGGAAGGGAAAAUGCAAGAUGUCUGGAAACAAUGAUUUUGAAUAUGAAUGCGAAUGUGAGCCUGGUUGGAGGCAAACUAUUUCUACCAAUUCUUCUUCUUCUGAUUUCAAGUUUCUACCUUGCGUCAUCCCUAAUUGCACUCUGAAAUACUCCUGCUCAGAAACUGCACCCUCACCUCAGUCAAUGGAAACUCCAUCAUCAAAUGCAUCAACAUUUGAACCUUGCAGAAUGGCUAAUUGUGGUGGAGGUGUGUGCAAAAAAGCGUCAGGGCUCACAUAUACAUGUCAAUGUAAAGAGGGAUAUUCCAAUCUCUUCAACAAUACUGGUUUCCCCUGCUUGAAUGAAUGUUCAAUCGGAGGUGAUUGUCCAAAUUUGGGAUUGGCAAUGUCAAAUAGAUCAACCACUACACCUCCUACUGUUGCUGAUAGCAGAGGCAGCAAUCAAGCUUGCUCCCAGAAACACGGAGUCUUGUCCCACCCAAUGAUUCUACUGGCGAUUUCAAUUGCUGCUCUUGCUCUUUAAGUUUUGGAUUUCAUUUGAACAGAGCAUGGGGUACUACUGUACUAGGUAGAAGCUAACACCACAGGCAUUUGGGCACUGUAUUACAAUAGUAGAUAUAAGUCGUAGACCACAAGAAUAUUGAAUUUCGAACUGCAUUCAGAGUUUUUAUGGACGUGUAUUGUAUAUAGAGUUAUCAUGUGAUAUUGUGAUGCGAGCUUCAAAAUAUGCAACUUUAGUUUUGCCUUCA